CAUCGUUCUUCUUUCUUUACGGUGUACAAGAUGCCGGGCCGACGAAAAUCGGGCAAAAAUGCUCCCAUUUUUAGCCACGAAUUUAUUAUUACAAAUCACGGAGACAUCGUGUCAUGUGUAUGCAUGGUUUUCAUGAUAGGGCUAAUGUUUCAGGUAACUUCAAAAGUUGCUGCUGUAUUUAUUGCCCCUCAACAUAAUGUAACUAGAGAAAUUAAUGUAACUGAUGGUGUUGAUGUAGUUACAACCUAUACCAAUGGUCCAAAGGACUUUUGUACCAUCUUCUUUUAUAGUCUAGCAUGGAUUGUAGUCCAUGCUAUUAUCCAAGAAUACAUUUUAGAUAAAGUCAUUCGCAAACUGCACCUAUCAAAAACAAAGAAUUCUAAAUUCAAUGAUUCUGGAGAGCUUCUUCCAUUUUACUUUGCCUCAGCUGCAUGGGGUGCAGACAUUAUCAUGAAGGAGAAGUUCUUUCCAAGUAUAACUAACCUUUGGGAUGGCUAUCCUCAUAACGAGAUGUCAUUUGUGCUCAAGUUUUAUUUUAUCCUUCAAAUUGCUCACUGGGUCCAUUGCUUUCCUGAGCUGUACUUUAUGAAAGCAAGAAAGGAAGAGAUCUCAGCCAAGAUUCAGCUGUAUGUUCAGUAUUUAUUCUUUAUUUGGGCUGCUUAUAUGUUGAAUUUCACCCAUCUUGCAAUUUGCUGCCUGACUAUUCACUACUCUGUUGAGUUUGUAUAUCAUGCCAUGAGGUUAUUGCAGAUUAGUGGAAAAGCUGAAAUGGCCAAGAAUGUUUUCAUGGUUUGGUCUGGUAUGUUUGUGUUGGCCCGUUUGGCAAUCAUUGCACUCACCGUCAUGACGUUCUGGUAUGGUCUUCCACGUCUUGAGAACGCAGCUCUGAAUGUUGAUAUUGGAAACUUCAAUACUCCUUUUAUAAGGGUUACAGCAAUGGCGGGAGUGAUUCUUGUCCAGGCCUGGCUUGCAUGGAAUUUUAUCAAGUAUCAGAUCAGGUUGUGGCGUGAAUACUCAGCCGCCUCUUCGCCAAAGAAAAGAGAGCAACGUAAGAAGGUAAAGAAGGAGACACCAAAGAAGAAAGUAGAGGACCAGAAUGAAGACGAGAGUGAAGAGGAAUUGUCCGAAGAAAAAAACGGAGGCAUGAAAUUGAGAAACAAACGUGAAACCAAGAAGAUACAGUGAAACCCACCUUGCUAACCAACAUGACAACUAUUAUCCUACCAUUAGUGAUUGUCUGUCUGUCUGUAUUGCAAACGUUAUCUAUAUAUUGAUGAUGGUCGUAAACGAUAUAUUUACUCGAUUAAACGUCGAUUAAAUGUCUUACAUUAUGCCUUCCCGACGCAAUAGUCUAUUUUUUCUGAAAUCUCAAUAUUACAGAUAUUUGAGAAGGCAAAAUACUCACCAAGAGUUGCUCAAUAUAAAUGUUAGCUAGAUAGUAUUGGUUUAUUUUGUUGACAGUUUGUAAAGAAUAGAAUCAUAGACCAUGGACGAAUAUUAGGGCGAAUUUAAAAGUCUUGGAGAUGAUAUCGCACUAGAGAGGUUUUUAAAUUAUCACUCGACAGACUCAACAAAUAGUGAACUAUUAACUUUGCUCAACAACCAUCGUGCGGAGAAGUGUAUUAAAACAGUUCUCUAAAACAGUUCUCCUGUAGCUCGUUUUUAAAAAAACAAAAUAGGGUUUGGAAAGAUGGUGGGCCUAAAAAAUUACGGGGACGAUCAACUUCCAUCAUGCUUUCUGGUACAAAAUGGCGUCGUUUCACGGAUUUGUUGUUUCCACUGCAGCUUUGCAGCUUUUACUAGUCUGGUGUGUAUUACUGUUUAUUUGAUCGACGCAGAAAUAUAAAUGAUUAGAUAAUUCGUACUCGAUAACAAUGGUUUCAGAGUAAACAAGCAUCAACCUUCAGUAGUUUGGCAAUAAUUCUUUAACCACUGGACUGACAUAAUAUAACAUUUUAUUUUUAUUUUUAAUUAUAUAAACCAGUUCCAGGUGUUUUCAACUUUAUAACUCGGUGCCGCCACAAACAUCAGUCCCGGAAAUGCGAUAGAAUAGCUGAAACAUUUGAGCUUUAAACACGAGUUGAACGUUUUACAAUUUCGUUUUCCAAUUUUAGACAAUGUAUCCGGGAUGUUUGAUAAUUUUGGCGUCAUGCGAAAACAUCGACUGAUUUUCAAAUAAACUGACGUUAUGAUAGCAACCAGCAUAUAUUUAUUAUAUUGUUACCUAUGAGUAGAAAAUACUGGAAAUAAAAUAUCUGCAUACAA